GAAGUUUCGAUAUCUUCUGGGCACGAGUGCAGGAUCUUCAGGUUACAUUGCAGCUCAACAAAGCUGACUAUGAGGCCGAAGUGUCCUCGCAAUGCCACUCACUCCGGCCGCCCCCACCCUCCUCAAAGGCCUCCCCGUCGCCGGAUGGGUCCAUGGGUGUGAACGAAUCCCUUCUGAUUCGAUGUUCCUGCCGCCCCGCCGCCAGCCCCUCUGCUUGCAACAUUGCGAUGAAACAGGCAGCUAACAACACGCAAUUAUCCUGGCUGACGUUGGAGUACAAGAUUCAAUGAUUCACCCCGCGCCGAGAGGCUCCGCGACUUUUUGGCGAACGUGGCUGCUGACAAGCUUCUCAUCUCCUCGCAGUCAGUCGCCUUCACACCUCGCAAUUACUACCAACUCCACGUCCGGUUCGCAGGAAACAUGGACGGGAUCACUCCCAAAAGCAUUCUAGGGCCGUCGCUCUUACUGCUCAUCGCUUAUCUAUUCCUCCGCCGCUAUCAAGCUCAAAAAGCAGACUCGUUGUACAUCCGCCAACACAAUUGCCAGCCCCUCAAAACGCUACCGUACAAAUGGCCUCUCGCGCUCGACCUCCUAUACGAAGCGUACCGUCAAGCCAUGGAAGGGCGCAUCCUGCGCUUUUUCAGUAAUUUAGUCGCGCCCAUGCCGCCCACAUUCGAACAGAAGCUUUUGGGGCUGAGUGGGAUUGAUACAGUCGAUCCCAAGAACAUCGAAGCGGUUUUGGGCACACAAUUUAAUAAUUUUGGAAUGGGCGACCGUCCUGAUGUCUGGCGACCCCUCAUGGGGCCCGGAAUAUUCACCCAAGAUGGCGACGACUGGAAGCACUCGCGCGACAUGCUGCGGCCCCUCUUCCAAUCUAAACGAUUCGACAAUUUCGUCGAAGUGCAAGAAUCUGCCGAAGCGCUCCUCAAAUGCAUCCCCGAUGGGAAGGUCGUCGAUUUCCAGCCGCUAUUCUUCCGCUUUACACUCGAUACCACGACGUAUCUGCUCUUCGGAAGGUCGAUAAGAUCGCUCGCGGAUAAUAAUGAAGAAGCUGAAGCUUUUGGAGACAGCUUUCGGGUUUCGCAGAAUUACCUUGCGCAUCGGGGGAGAUUGGGGCCGUUACAUUGGUUGCUGAACACCAAGGAGUUCCGAGAUUCCAACGCGACAGUGCAUCGGUGGAUUGAUGGGGAGAUUAAAGAAGCGCUUGCCAACUCGAGCAAGGAAGCGGAUGAGAGGUCGACGAAGCCGACGGACUACGGCUUCCUGGGAAGCAUGAUGAAGGAGACCAGGGAUCCCAAGGCACUGCGCGAUGCGUUGCUGAACAUUUUGCUUGCGGGGAGGGACACAACGGCCUGCAUGCUGACAUGGACGAUGCGAUUGCUGGUAUCGCACGAGAAAGUGAUGGCGAAGCUUCAAGACGAGAUCGAAUCUGUCGUGGGGGUGGGGGAGGACGCGCGACACCCGGAUCGGACUGACAUGAAAAAGAUGCUCUACCUGUCGUAUGUCUUAAAGGAAGUUCUUCGGCUCUACCCUUCCGUGCCGCUGAAUUCGCGCGCCGCAACGAAGACAACCGUCCUGCCUACUGGCGGGGGCGCAGACGGCAAAGCACCUGUCUUCGUUAAGAAAGGGGCCCCCAUCGGCUACGCCGUAUACAUCAUGCACCGUCGCAAGGAGCUGUAUGGGAGCGACGCCGAAGCGUUCCGUCCCGAGCGCUGGGACCCCAAUGUCGACAACGAGGUGAACCUCAAGGGCAUCGGGUGGGGAUACCUGCCUUUCAAUGGCGGGCCACGGGUGUGUAUUGGGCAGGAGUUUGCCCUCCUCGAGGCCUCAUAUGCAAUCAUCAGGAUCCUGCAGACUUUCAAGCGCUUCGAGCGCGACCCGGCCAGAGAUAUCCCGGAAGUGGGGCAGGAACGCCAAGACGUCACGCUGGUACUAGCGAGCGGUGAAGGCUGCUGGCUGCGCGCCUCCACGUGACAUUUCAAAUAUAUGCAAUUUGGGAUUUGGGAUCUGGGACUUGGGAUCUGGGAUUUGGGAGUUAGGCCGACACCACUGGUACCACAAGGAUAAUAGACUCCAUAGAGCGUUGCGCGGGGGAGCAACUGCCUGAUGUUUAUCUAAGAUUUACUUAGUACUUGGUGGCCGCGUCCGGGAGCGUCCGCCGCCGGUACAAUCUUCACAGCUAAACGAAACCUUAAUAGACGUCGUUGGAAGCUGCGACCACUUAGAGAAUUGUGCCCAGAACCCGCCAAUUGACCCUGGCGCUGGUUUGUUGGAAC